AUGGAAGAGAAACUUUUCAAUGCCUUAAAAACAAGGUAUGCAUCCUUGGGUUUGGGCGACACAAUCCUUGAGGCGGAAGCCGUAUCGCUGAACAAGAGUGGGCUCGUCACCGACGAGAACAUUGACGCAGUGGUCGCUUCCCGUGAGACAGCGUUGAAGGCUAUGCAGAGCGGUCUUGACAAACGUGCGUCCGACGCAACAGACGGUGCAAACAAGAAAGCGAAGACACAAGCCGAGGAACUCAAUGCGGAAAUCGAAAGACUGAAGGCAGAGGCUGACAAAGGCAAGGCUACAGCGGCGGAGUUGGAGAAACUCAAAGCGGAACUUGAGGCAAGCAAGGCGGAUGCGGCGGCUACAAUCGCCGAUUACGACAAGUUGAAGACCGCACUUGACAAGUUGCACAAGAAGGCGACAACCGCAAGCAAGGCGGCGACAGACGCAACAAAGGGCGCACAGCCAAGCGGUGCUCAGAGCACACCACCAUCCACACCACCAAGCAACGGCGGAAACGGCGGUAAGAAAUCAGCCACAAUAGCCGACGACGACGAGGACGACGACGUGAAGAAGUUCGACGUUGAUGCGUUCAGAACAUCCCUCACAUCAGAGUUCACAAAAAGCAUUGAGGCGCUUAAAGCGGAAAGCGUAAAGUCACUUGAGGCAAUGAAAGCCGAAAGCGACAAGGUGCAGGCGAGCCUCUUGGAGCAGAACAAGGCUCUUUCUGAGAAAUUGGCGCAGUUUGAGGCUGAGAAGGCAAAGGCUGACGCAGACAAGGCGGCGGCGGAGCGUCAGGCGUUCAUUGCGAACACCGCAAAAUCCCUCGGCAUUCCCGAGUGGCGCUCAAGCGAGGGCUUCGUGAUUGCGGACACCGCAACAAACGACGACAUCACCGCAUACCUUGGCAAAAUCGCCGACAACUUGAAGGCUAACCAACUGCCAACAAGCGGAGUUAAGAACGGAAUGGGUAACAACACCACAUCCGCCAAGUUCGACGACAAGAAGUUGGCUGAAAUGGCGGCUAACAUCACCACCUACGGCACUAACUUGGACGACGUAAUCAUCCAAAAGUUCAUUGCCGACAUUCCCGGCGGUCGUGAGAUUGACUUCACGGGUUACGAGAACAAGGUGAACCCAAGCACAAUCCCCGCCGGACACGUUAUCAUCGCAAAGGACGGGAACUACCGCCCACAUCCCGUGAGCGUCGCCGAGUCCGAGGGUACAACCACCGUGACAUACGGCACAAUCACAGAGGGCUACACUAUCGCUGGCGUUCUGUACCGCACCGUGACCAAGGACGAGCCUUCGGGUUCCGUACUCAUUGACGGCGUUGUGAACGAGGCGGCGGUUUCGACCCCCUACACCGCCGACAUCAAGAAGGCGCUUGCGGCAAUCGGCAUCAAGUUCGUCAAGGACGAGAAUCCCGUAAAGACCGCAUAA